CUGGGUGCCGCGGGCGGGCGCGCGCGCGGCCCCAUGUGGCGGGGGGCGGCGGUGGCGCUGCUGUGCCUGGGCGCCGCCUGCCUGCUGGGCCGCGGGUUCGAUCCCCGCGCCUGGCUGCCGGGCGGCGGCGGCGGCCGCCUGCUCCGCGCCGCCGAGCUGGCGCGGUACCGGGGGGCGGAGGGCGAGCCGGGGCUCUACCUCGCCCUGCUGGGCCGCGUGUUCGACGUGGAGCGCGGCCGCAAGCACUACGGCCCCGGCGGGGCCUACAGCGGCCUCUCAGGGAAGGACGCCAGCAGAGCGUUCGCGACCGGGGACUUCUCCCCGACGGGCCUGGUGGACGACGUCUCCGAGCUGUCGCCGCGGGAGAUGCUCGCCGUCCAAAGCUGGCUCUCCUUCUACAGCAGCAACUACGCGCCCGUGGGAAAGCUGGUGGGCAGAUUCUAUGACGAAAAUGGAGCGCCGACAGAAGCUUUAAGGCAGGCUGAGGCUGCUAUUAAGGAAGGCCUGAAAUUCAAGGCAGAAAACGACCAGAGGAAGCAGCAGUUUCCACCCUGUAACUCCGAAUGGAGCUCUGCUGGGGGCAGCCGAUUCUGGUGCUCCAGACAGAGCGGAGGCAUAAACAGAGACUGGAUUGGAGUCCCCCGGAAGCUGUAUGUACCUGGUUCAAGGGGCAGCCACUGCGUGUGUGUGAGAGCUACUGGUCCCCCAUCUGGACAGCUGGACUCACGUGAGCACCCUGACAAAGGUGACCUGGAUAACCCUCACUUGGAGGAAUAUGAAGGCUGCCAUCCACUGGCUGAGUCGUGUGUCCUGAAAGCGUGACUCCAAGUGCCGGAUAUGUAUGCCUAGUCCUACAGCAAACUGUUGCACCUUGGGUGGGCAAUUGCAGCUCCAGCUGCAUUCCCUCCCAUCUGUCAGUGCAAAGGGAGAGAGAGCAAUUUCAAGUUUUUUUGCAAGUGUAAUACGUGACAACGGAGCUGAGAGAAAGAGGGAACAUUUUUAGCCAAGUGAUGCAGUUAGUGGCUAAAAAUUCAGCAAUGGGAAACUUACUUUCUUCAUCCUUUAGCACUAUGGUAUUUUUAAAUCUGGCAACAAAUUGUAGUGUAUGUAGCCUGGACUAGAUUUAAAAAUUGAUGCCUUGUACAGUCAGGAAAUAGAUGGCAGUGUACAUGGUGGGUAUUUGCUGUAUUUCAAGGGAGCAAGUUGGUGAGCACAAGAACUACUGCAGCAUCGUUGACUUCAUCUUAUGCACAGUCCUCCACUGUCACUCAGACUCCGUUUACUACACUGUAGUGCUAACAUUCCUUCCUAAGCAUCUGCUUUUCUUCAAAGAGUUUAAAGGUAGCAGAGAAGUCUGAAUUUCUCCUGCAAUGAAGGUUCAGAGUAUCUAGGAUCAUGUGUAGUUUAGUUAAACAAAAGCUCUGCUUAUCAAGUUGUCAGAAUGCAGAAAGCAAAGGUCAUAGCUGCAUUUCCUCAUUUGGUAUUUAUAUUAGAUGUUGAGCAAAGAAGAUGUUGGAAGGUACCUAUGCAGAUUAUUGUUUUAAACUAACCUCACCCUUCUGGUGCUCCCAUUUACUGCUUUCAAAUGACUCAGAGGUCAGGAAUUGAUAGUUUUAAUUAGACUGCAGUGAAAGCUACAUAACAACCUGACCAUCUUGCUGUAAUCUCCCCUUUUUUCCUCUUUCCAUUCUAGUUUAUGACACAUACCCCCAAUCUGAUACAUGUCUAUCAGAUUAUAAUCUGAGGUUGACAUCCUCCCUACCCAAGGCCCAGCUUACUUAAAGGCUGUGUUUUAUCACACUUGAUGAAAUCUAUUAACUUCAAUUCCUGCUAGAAGAGCAAAGCAAGCUACUACCAUUUCUGUGCAGGACUAGAAAGGACAAGGGCAUACCAGAGUAGGGCCCAGAUACUAUAAACCCAGGCUGCAGCAGGGCUUUUACUGUUUUCCUAGUCUGCUGCUAAAAUAGAUUACAUUGCAAUAGAUAGCAAUGGCACAGUUCUGUGCUCAGUUGUAUUUGGUUCCUCUUCUUAAAGAAACAACCAUCUAUUAUAAACAUCUGGGACAUGUUUAUAAAGCCAUUAUGAGCUUUGAGCUAUUUCUACCUCUCGUCCUCUCAAAAAAUACCUACAAUUCUAAACAAUUAGUUAAUAAACUAGUGCGAUUACAAGAGGUCUUGCAACAUCCCUUCAGAGUGAGAAAAAUCACUUCAUUGCAUUGACAGUAAAGAUGAGGUUACAACCGCCUUGGCCCAGGGCCAUGCAACAGCUUAAACGUGUGUAUGUGCUUAUUGGAAUAAAUGGUUAGGGUUUUUUAAA